ACGUCACAUCCGCUUGCACCAUUUUUUCCUCCCCUCUCGAGGCGAUUUCAUUUCCUGCGGGGCGCGGCACUGCCCCCACUCCUCUCACUCUCACUCGCCAGCACGCGCCUUUGUAUCUCCCUCGUGAACCACCAUCACCACCACGGCUCCUUAAACAGCAGCGCUCGCCACCAUCAACGUCGAUUCCGCCUUUGUCGUCGUCCGGACAAUCCCUUUCGGCGCCCUUCCGACCAUUAACAUCGACAACAACAAAAAAAUAAUCACAUCGUUCCUUUCCAUUUUCUUCGCUGCUGCUGCUACUGCUGCAGGGGAGUCUCAUUUCCGUUUUGUUCCAACCUACCUCGACUAACUUUCACUCACGGCACCGACGGCGGCCGGCUCACCAUGAGCGACGAGUCGAGGUCUCUGCCCGAACACGACGACGUUUCGCCCUCUCGUCCCGGUGCAAUGGCAGACGGAGCAGCAGCGGCGGCGGGGGCGACGACGCCGCCAGCCAAGCAUGGCGGACACGGAGCGCCGCUCCCCGACUCCACCCGAAUCAUCCCCGCGCCCCUCUCCUCCUCCUCUUCUUCCUGCUCCGCUGCUCACGCCGGUUAUGCCUGCCUAGCGCAGUGGCUCAAACCGCAAGUCCUGGACCUGCUGUACUGGCGCGACAUCAAGACGUCGGCAGCCGUGUUCGGCGGGAGCCUCCUGCUGCUGCUGUCACUCACGCAGUUCAGCGUGGUGAGCGUGCUCGCGUACCUCACCCUCGCCGUGCUCUCCGUCACCAUCAGCUACCGCGUCUACAAGUCCGUGCUGCAGGCCGUGCAGAAGACCGAGGAUGGCCAUCCCUUCCGGGAGUACCUGGACGCGGACCUGGCCAUGUCCCCCGAGACGGCCCAGAAGUACGUGGACACGGCGCUGGCGCACGUCAACUGCCAGCUCCGCCACCUGCGCCGCCUCUUCCUGGUGCACGACCUCGUCGACUCCAUCAAGUUCGCCGUUGUGCUAUGGCUGCUCACCUACGUGGGUGCCCUCUUCAACGGCCUGACCAUCGUCAUCCUCGCUUUGAUUGGCGCGUUCACAGUCCCCAUGGUCUAUGAGAAGUACCAGGUUCAGAUCGACCAACAAGUGGGGAUGGUGCGGAAGCACGUCGGCGAGGUCGUUGAAAAAGUUCAAGCGAUGAUCCCAGGAGCCAAGCGAAAGGCCGAGUAAAGCUGAAAAUAAGAGAAGCGCACAUCCGCAGCAGAUAGUAGUUGUCUUCUACCACGCAGCAGUGAGCUUUUAAAACAAAAGUCAAUAAAAUAAAUGGGCAAUGACUACAAUUAAUGAAAUAAGCAAAGUGACGUACAUUUGACACGAAAGAAGCGCAGCGUGGCUCUUUGUGUGCGCGCAAAUUUAGACCCCCCCCCCCACUCUCCCCCCCCCCCCCGUCGUCCUCCCCGUGGAUUUUGCGAGCAACUUAAAAAGCCGGCGAUGUCGGUCUGUGUGUAAAGAUUCCUUUGGUGGCGUCUGUGCUCUUGCCGUGGCAGGGCACGGAAAGUCUCCGCGUGUGGCACAUUUAAAACGCUCUUCUCACCAGAUUACACUUCCCCCCCCCCCCCCGUUUGUGUGUUUUUUUUUUGCCUUAUGAGAAUUGUAGCUGUCGAGCUUGUGUGCGUGCGUGUGCGUGCGCGCGUGUGGGUAAAGUUGCAUGCCUCUCUAACGUAGGUAUAGGGUAGGUAGGUCGUUUGCAGCACGUACACAGAAGACGAUCGCGCUUAACUUAAGCAAAUCGGCCGGAGCAGGUCCGUACCCGGGCAGUCGUUUAAGGCGUGCCGCGGCAAGACCGCCUGCACAACCGCUUUGUCCUCAAUCUGAGCGAGUAGUUGCGCGGCGACGGCGUUAAACGACGCGUUGUCUGGGCAAUCGGCGACCAACCACCGAGAGAGACCCGUAGCACGCAGAUUACGUAGAUCAUUUGAAUGCUUUGAGUGUCUGCUGCGGGCAACCGGUUUGCACGGAUGUCCCACAUGUUAGUGGUCCGGUUGCACGCAACCAAGCAUGCGCAACCGGUUGCUUGGCGGGGGGGGGGGGGGGGUGUGGGACGCGGCCUAAGAGCUUCGCUAUCAAAGCGGCAGUGUGUGGUUAGUAAAAAUCCGGCUCGUGUUUUUCUGUUAUUCGCUCGUCGUGAUCGUAUCCCCCCCCCCCCCCACUGUGGUUAGUGCCAUGAGUCGUGACCACUAGGCUUAGAGCGGUAGAUUUAUUAAGGCUUUAAACACCGUGUGAAACUCUGCUAGCUUCUGAUUUGAUGUUAGCUCUCUCUCUCGCGCUCGUCCAGCACAGAGGUUUUCGGGGUGUGCUUCGACAAAUUAGCUGACGAUCUCUGGCUCCUGUACCCGCGUUGCGUGUCGCCAAUAAAUGUUCGUGUCUACCACCG